AUGGGCAAAAUGCCUAAUGCCCACAAUAACAGCAGCGAUUAUCAAGCGGGCAACUGGUUUUGCUCGGAACCAUGGCAUUUCUUUGAGUUACCGGUUCUGAAUCGUGAUCGUAACGACAGCAAGGUGUUGAUACUUUAUCCGACUGCGAAGGAGUUACUGGCAGCACGUGAUGAAGCUAGGCGCCAGUGGCAGAUCCACAAACAAAUGCAAACUAAAGAUCCCAACGCUCCUGCUCUCCCCGGCACCUCUGAAGAAGACUUGGCGAAAGAAGCUGAGAAUGCGGUCAGAGUCUAUCUUCUAGCUCAGGACAAUGAGCAAGCUGAAAGCGAUGAGGAAGAGAAUGCUGCUCACUUUAUUCCGCUCGAUGAGAAAGAGGAUGCUGUCCAUUUUGUUCCGCUCGAUGAACAGGAAGAUGCCGCUCAUUUUGCCACGCUCGAUGAGGGCGAUUUUAUCACCGUCAACAGUGAUGACGCCGAAUAA